GAAAUGUUGUGAAGAUGGGCUUCUGAACGAAUCCGUUCCCUUUUUGCGCGAGUCCGCCUCUCCGUGCGUGUUUCUAUUGACGCACUUAAAGCCUCUUCCCUCAACCUUAAGGGGAGUAGAAGCGACCAAUCACCAUGCCAUUACAGGCUUCAGAGGAAGCUGUUUAUGGGACUCCAGCACUAAUUAGGCUCAUGAACUAACAAAUCGGCUGCACAACCGGUACGGGGGAAACGAUCACAUCCAUGGAUUGUCUGGAGUAGUCCCACUUUUAAGGCGAUUUGCUUGUUUUUGGGGCUUUCUGUAUCGUCGCGUUUUCCUUCCCAACUUGUGCUGCUGAGAAACUUUCCUCUCGCGGGUGAGCGUGUGUGUUCGUGUGGUGGUGGAGUAUUUCAACGAGGAACGACUGCAACACUUCCAACUUAAGCUGGGGAAUCUGGACCAUCAAACCAUGUUUCAACCCACGCCCAAGAGGUGUUUCACCAUCGAGUCUUUGGUGGCGAAGGAUAAUCCGCUACCGGUGUCGAGGUCCGAGGAGCCCAUCCGACCCGCCGCUCUGAGCUAUGCAAACCCCGGCCAGAUGAACCCCUUUCUGAACGGCUUUCACUCCGGCGGCCGGGGCGUCUACUCGAACCCGGACUUGGUGUUCGCCGAGGCGGUAUCGCAUCCUAACUCGGGUGUACCGGUGCACUCGGUUCCCCCUCCCCACGCCCUGUCUGGCCACCCUCUCUCCUCGUCCCACAGCAGCCCUCACCCCCUUUUCGCCAGCCAGCAAAGGGACCCGUCCACUUUCUACCCCUGGUUGAUACAUAGAUAUAGGUACCUGGGCCACCGAUUCCAAGGUAACGAAACAAGUCCAGAAAGCUUCCUUUUGCACAAUGCACUGGCGAGAAAACCCAAAAGAAUCCGCACAGCCUUCUCCCCGUCGCAGCUCCUCCGGCUGGAGCACGCGUUCGAGAAGAACCACUACGUAGUGGGGGCCGAACGGAAACAGCUCGCGCACAGCCUCAGCCUCACAGAAACUCAGGUAAAAGUGUGGUUUCAGAACCGAAGAACAAAGUUCAAACGGCAGAAGUUGGAAGAGGAGGGCUCCGAGUCGCAGCAGAAGAAGAAGGGAACGCAUCACAUCAACCGCUGGAGACUGGCCACCAAACAGGGCAGUCCGGAGGAAAUAGACGUCACUUCGGACGAUUAAAAAGAGGACAAACUUUGACCUGGGACAAGCAGCAUCGUGAAGGAUGACAUGGAUAUAGAUGCUGGGAAAAGACAGUGCGGGGGUACAAAGCCAAUGUCAGAAUUCAAACGUGCGGAGGUCGGCAGCUGCGGGCGAGAGGUCGUACCGGUGGCUGGGCUGUACCCGGAGAAGGGGGCCUUCCCACCGUAGGCCAUCACAGUGAUCGAUCCACCUCCCUGACCCCUUCCCACGCACCCUCCCACCACUACACACUACCCCCGUCAACAAACCCAAAUUUGUACUCCAAUUCACAUUGGACAUUUGCACUUCUGAAGGUUUUUAAAAACGUUUUCACUCAAAAAACCAAAACACAAAACAGUUUUUUUUUGUAAAACUUGAACUGCAUGGUAGAAGUUUCCCUCUGGUAGUUGUUUUAAUUUGACAAACUUCUCAAAAAAACAGUUUUGUUUUUACUCUAUUUUCAAACUGAGAGAUGUUGUGCUUUUUCCUUUUUACAAAGUGUGCAGUCUUUAAUUAAUAAUUCUCGUGUAAAAGUGAUUGUGAAAACAUGAAGUAGCAGUGCUGCGUUAUAGUGUUUUAAAGAAAAGAGAACAGAAAAUGACAAUUCAAAAACUUUAUGAAAGUUUAUCACACCACAGAUUACAGUACGUCAAUGAAAAAGGUAUACGGUCAUUCCUUUAACCUAAAGCUUUACCAAUCCGUGAUUCUGGCCCGGGCCGACCGGCAGGACUCGACCCUCCCGUGAAAGUGGCCCCAAGGACUAACUGAGAGCUUUUGCCCCCGAGGCGAGAAAACUCCAAGCACUGAGCCUAUUCCAUGUACAGAAAUACUAAAAGUUAAUGUUUCUGUUCAACCUUCUUUUACAGAAUGUAAAUAAUUUGUGUAUGUGUUAAGUUUGCUACAAUUUUAACACAAAGUAUACUUCCAAGAAGUAUGUAAUUGUCAAUAUUUUGUCAAUAAAGUUUUAUCAAUAUGUUGCGCGCAGCUUGAGCAUAUAGGGCUUUUGAUUUUAGGAGGGUCUUGUUAAGCGACUUUUAAAGCGACCAUCAGCCUGCGUGCGGUAUUCUUACAACAAAAGAUACAGCCUAAUUCAGCUCUUAAAUUGUAAUCUCCAAACAAACGAGUGUCCUAAAACAGGCAGAUAUAAAAGUCCACCAAUCUAAAGUCACUGUCAUCGUUUAGACCUGUGCCUGAAAUCCGGGGUUUCUGUAUUUUUAGGGGGCGUUUGUUUCUCGUUCUGAUGGUUUUAUUUUUUUUCCGAGCUAACGUCUAGCCUGCUCCAACCACAAAGAGUCCUACAAGCUUUUGUGAAAGUGCAAAUCAGUUUAGGCAAUUAUCAUGCGGGUAAUAUGAGGGGGAAAGGGGAUGCAUUGCCCAGUGGUCCGCUCUAAUCUCUUAAUCCAUGCAUCCAAAGGGUUCGGCUGGACAUAAUUUAGUACAAUCUGACUACCCCUCACGAUGCGAUAAGGAAAGGUUGCAAUGUGCCACAAAAUAGGAUCUUUGUUGAAACCUUGUCUUGUCUAAUUCGUGUUUUAAUUGAACAGCCAAACGGUUGCACUAUAUUGGAGUAUCGGCUAAAUAGUGCUAUGGGUGAUAC